AUGAAAUGCUUGAGUGGCGAUAGUGUGGUCAGCAAGUCAAGUAGUAGUUCAUUUCAGCAUGAUUGUGAUAGCUUAUCUUCUGCAAGCAAUUUUCUUGGUUAUUGGAAAAUUUAUCGUUCGUCUUCGCAACCAUAUCCUUAUCCACGUACUCAUACACUCAUUGUUGUUCCACCAUCACGGCCAAUUGUGGAGAGUAAUGCCGAAGAAGAGCAUACUAAAAUGCGACCAUCAUUGAAUCGUACCAUACCACCGAUACCGGAAUCCAAAUCCAAUGAUUCAAUUAUAACUCAUACAUCGGAAAAGCGCAUUGAAAAUCAUGCUGAAUGCGAACCUUCAACUUCCAGAACCCUUCGGGUACCAUCAUGUGUUAAAUCUAAAGGAGAAGCUGUUGGAUCAUUUACUGCCAAAAUGUCUUCACAAAAGAUCGAGAGCGAUGGAUCAUUAGUUAUUGAAAAUACAAUGACGCGUAGUUUGGUAACAAAAAGUGCAUUAAUCGCUUCUAAUGGAAACAGACGAUCAGAAGGUAUGCCGCGGAGUCCAUUGAUGAGUGUGGCUGAUUCAGUGCGAUCAAAGCUUACAAAACUUGGAAAUCGUUUCAGUCGGUCAGAUGGAAAUCGAAGUAUCCGUACCAGUACCAGCUUAUCUAGCAUGCGUCGAGGUCCAGUCGAUAAGCUAAGCUAUGCACCAUCUAAAACGCAAUUCAAGAAAGCAGUAAGUAUAGAGAUGCGAACCAACCAAGAUUCUACAAAAGAUUCGACCGAAUUUGUUCCUCCCAGACAAAUUUUAGGAAGCAAUGCACUGAGAAUUCCAAGAAUCCCGAGAUCACGUACAUCUUUAAAUGAUCAAUCAUCACAUGUGGAAACCUCUAACCAGAAUGUUUUAUUGAAUCACGAUAAAUAUUUUAAGUUUAUCAAACCUAACAAUUUACCAUCGAAAUCGGGAAAUGAUAUGAAGACGAAUUCAAUUGUGAAAGCUUUCAAAGUACACUUGGAACCGAGAGCUACACAAACUGUCUCACCACCUGAUAGGAUUCGUCAACCCAAUUCACCAACAGUAGCAUUUACCGUGACAGAUGAAAUGCAGACUCUCAAGAAAGAAAAUAUCAAAGAAGCAAAAAUCAAACCUACAAUGAAUAUUUUCGUGAAGAAUAAUAGAGAGGAAGACGCUUACCGAAUAUCCGAUGUGAAAUUUCAACAUAACAGAAAUAAUCAUAAGCAGAUGAAAGCGAAAAGCACUAGUCGACAAAGAUCUUUUAUACCACUCCACGCAACACCACUUCGAAGGUUACCUGCAAGAAAAUCAGGUACCGAGAUGGGCCAGGCACCUUUGGCGGAAUGUGAAUCGUCCCACAUUGAAAAUUCGCCAGCUGUUGAAGUGCCUCCCGUAAAAUUCAUUCCGGAUAAAAUUCAUCGUAUGUGCAUAGAAGAAAGUUCGGAAGACAGAGUUACAGAAUCACAAUCAUCCGAUCCUAGUUCGUCAACAAACUCAAUGAGAGAAAUUUGCGUCAACCAAUUUUUGAACAGUGAGUCGAUUUACCACUGUGAUAAGGCAACAAGGAAAGGGUCAUUAGAUCAUAGAAGGAAGAAUGGCUCCACUGACUGCUCCUGUGAUAAUAAUAUUAAAUCAAGAAGUAGUCCCAAUAACUUCGUUUCACCAACCGCUAUGACAUCAUCUGGAUUAACAACAUCUUCUGGUUUUCAAGAUUCUUCAGAGAAAUCUCCAGAUAAGGAUGCGGAAUUGAAUGAACAAUUUGUCGAUAUGACCAUCAUCCAAAACAGUUUGUGUGAAUGGUACCGGUGGGGCUAUGCUGUGAUGGCCGACUGCCUACUUCUAAACACGCUGAUCAAAUCGGUGAGGGCGGGUCGAUCUCGUUCACGACGGCCAUCAUCACGCGAUCAUGAUCAAGGACCGGUUGCUUCACCAAAUUCCGUUUCAGCUCAUUAUAAGAAUCAAAGAUACGAUAAAGCACUGGUCAGUGAAAAUAAGAUGGUUGCAUUUCCUAGCGUAGCGAUGUACGAAUCAUCGUGUAAUGAUGUUGUGUACAUAAAAAGUCAAUUGCUGGAAUUGAGGAGAUUAAUAAAUGAUUCAUCAGAAGCAGAAGGCGCAAACAAGUCGACCCAAAUGAAAAUAGAGGACAGCGAUGUUAUACAGCGACUCCUUAAAGAAAAUGAUGCUUUGCGUAAGGAAUUGGUGGAAAAAGAUAGAACAAUUAGUAAGUUAAAAGCUGAGAUGCUACUUCAUUGA